UUUACCAUUCAUAGUGACGCACGCCGGAUCCCGAGCAUGCGCCAUUGAAAACAAACGUAGCGUUGGCGCUUUGAGUUUACACUAUCAAAAUUAAGAAAAAAGCCGGUCUUUAAUAAACGUAAGGAACAUUUUAUACCAUGGAGACAAUUUUAGAACAACAGCGCCGUUAUCAUGAAGAAAAGGAGAGGCUAAUGGAUGCUAAAACAAAAGAGAUGUUACACAAGAAGUCCACGCUGCGGGAACAGAUUAAUUCGGACCACCGAAUAAGAGCUAUGUUGGAUAGGUAUAUGGAAGUGAGUGGAAACCUCAGAGAUUCCUACGAAGACAAAGAUGGCAUGAGGAGGGAUGAACUUGCUGCCAUCUCAGGACCAAACGAGUUUGCAGAGUUCUAUAACAGACUGAAACAGAUAAAGGAGUUCCACAGAAAGCACCCCAACGAGAUCUCCAUCCCCAUGUCUGCAGAGUUUGAGGAGCUGAUGAAGGCCAGAGAGAACCUCAGCGAGGAGGCUCAGAACAUGGUGGACUUCACUGACGAGGAGGGAUAUGGCCGCUACCUGGACCUGCACGACUGCUACCUGAAGUACAUCAACUUGAAAGGAGCUGAGAAACUGGACUAUAUCACGUACCUGUCCUCCUUUGACCAGCUUUUUGACAUCCCCAAGGACAGGAAAAAUGCUGAAUACAAAAAGUACUUGGAGAUGCUGCUGGAGUACCUGCAGGACUACACAGACAGAGUCAAACCUCUGCUGGACCAGAACGACCUCUAUGGCAAAGUGCUGUCUGACUUUGAGAAGAAAUGGGAUAAUGGGAACUUUCCCGGCUGGCCGAAAGAGACGAGCAGCGCCUUGACCCACGCCGGAGCUCACUUGGAUCUCUCUGCCUUCUCCUCCUGGGAGGAGCUGGCCUCUCUGGGUCUGGACAGGCUGAAGUCUGCUCUGAUGGCGCUGGGACUGAAGUGUGGGGGGACUCUGGAGGAGAGAGCUCAGAGACUCUUCAGCACCAAAGGAAAGUCCCUGGAAUCCCUGGACCCGUCUCUGUUUGCCAAGAAUCCCAAAGCCAAAGGCCCCAAGAAAGACACUGAACGCAACAAAGAAAUCGGCUUCCUGGAAUCUCAAGUGUAUGAAUACGUGGAGAUCCUGGGGGAGCAGAGGCAGCUGACUCAUGAGAACGUGCAGAGGAAGCAGGCCCGGACAGGAGAGGAGCGUGAGGAGGAGGAGGAAGAGCAGCUCAGUGAGAGCGAGAGCGAAGAUGAAGACAAUGAGAUAAUUUACAACCCCAAGAACCUCCCGCUGGGCUGGGAUGGAAAGCCGAUCCCGUACUGGCUCUAUAAGCUCCAUGGUCUGAACAUCAACUACAACUGUGAGAUUUGUGGAAACUACACGUACAGAGGACCCAAAGCCUUCCAGAGGCACUUUGCAGAAUGGCGGCACGCUCACGGCAUGCGUUGUCUAGGUAUCCCCAACACAGCUCAUUUUGCAAACGUGACACAGAUUGAAGAUGCCGUCUCUUUGUGGGGGAAGCUAAAGUCCCAGAAGGCAUCGGAGCGGUGGCAGCCAGACACCGAGGAGGAGUACGAGGACUCGAGUGGAAAUGUGGUCAACAAGAAGACCUACGAGGAUCUGAAGCGCCAGGGCUUGCUGUAGACGGACAACACGACCGAGGGACAGAAGACAAACAGUUGCAUCUUCUGUGAAGCUUUCUUUUAAAUUCACAAUUUUUUUUAAAAACAUAUGUUAGUCUCUUUUUUUUUGUAAGUAGAAAUGUUCUUCCUUUGAUUCUGCUCUUCAACAACUUUGUAAUAUUGCAGCCAUUGAUUACUGAAAUAAAUUGAGGGCUUUGGUCACA